AGGGAGGAGGAGGAUCAUCCUGAUACUCCCCAGUUUUGUUGCGUAUCGCGCCGUUCACAGCGGAGCUCCCGUCCGCAGACCCCGACUGGAUGAGUGCGCAUCGCAUUACGCGCUGGAUACAGAAACAACGCACACACACACUCCUGCCAUUAAAACCUGCGUGUGUGUGUUGGUGUAGUCAUGAAUUACACCUGAGUCGGGCAUGUAGUUAACCGGCUUCCUGGGCGUGGAAGGACGAAGCACAAGCAGCCUGGCUACUUGUUUCGUCUGCGGGAAUAUUGUUAGUAAAGUUGGGCAGCGACUGCAGCUCCAACCGCUCCCGGUUCACUCACCAGAGCAGUUUUCCUUCACACCAGGAUGUAAAUGUGGGAACUUUUUGGGUUAUUUUCGAAGGACACAGGACGGGUUUUAAUUUUCUUACUUUAGGUAACUUUUGAUACCUUUGAGGAAUACAGAGAGAGUCACACACUGCCGCACAGAGAGAGACAAUCCAGAAAAUCCAGAGGAGAGGAGAGUGGGGCGGUUCAUGUCAUUACAGUUCAACAGGCUUGAACACUGAACAGGUGAGCGAGGUGGUUGAUGUCACCAGAGAUCAACAGGGCCUGAACACUGAACAGACAUUAUGGAGCGGUGGUGGGCGUGGCAGUUUGCCCUGGUCACCCUGGCAACCACUUACCUCACCCCCUCCCAGGGUAAAAACGUAGAGUUCACCUCGGACACCCUCAUCAACAAUGUGGUGGCCAACCCUCGCACGGGCCGCCUGUACGUCGGCGCUGUCAACUCCCUGUACCAGCUGAACCCUGACCUUGGGCUCGAGUCCCGCACCGAUACGGGCCCCAAGCGGGACAACCGACUGUGCACGCCGCCCGUCACCGACGCCUGCGACGAGGCCGUGGACACGGACAACCACAACAAGCUGCUGCUGGUCCACGAGGCUAAGGACGUCCUGGUGGUGUGUGGCAGCAUCUUCAGGGGCAUCUGCUCUCUGAGGAACCUGAGCAGCGUGGAGCAGCUGCUGUACUUCAGCGACACCAAAGGAGAGAAGUCGUAUGUGGCGAGCACAGAAGAGAGCGUCUCUGUGGUGGGAGUGAUAUCAUACUUCAUCAAGGACGGUGAUAACUUCACCGUGUUCCUGGUUGGUAAGGGGUACGGCAGUCAUGACAGCACCAAGCUGAUCUCCACCCGCAUCCUCCAGGACUACGGCGACUGGGUGGUUUUCGACAGCAUCAUCGAGGCCUCAGCGGUCCAGGCCAACCCCUUCGUCCUGCGGUACCUCCACGACUUCCGUUUCGCCUUCAAAGACGGCGGCUUCGUGUACUUUCUGUUCUCGCGGACGCUCGGCAUUCAGGACACCAAGAACUUCACCUUCAUCUCCAGGAUGUGCGAGGACGAUCAGGGUUAUUACUCCUACACCGAGCUGCAGCUCAACUGUAGCGCUGCAAACAAGUACAACAAGGCUCAGGCUGCUUAUGUAGCUAUACCAGGUGAUGUUUUGGCUCAGACUAUGACCAAAUCGGGCCAGUAUGGACAAGUUUCAGCCUCUGACAAGGUGCUGUUUGUCACCUUCACUUCCGACGAAGACCCAUCUACUUCGGCAAUGUGUAUGUACCCUGUGCGCUCUAUUAAUGAAAGGCUGGUGGAGAUAAUAGAAGCCUGUUACACCGUCAACGGCGUCAUUAACGAGAAGGCUGCUGUCUACUCGCCUUACUCGUCCAAGUCUGAAGAGCUGUGCGUCACCAAUAGUCAGAAUAACGUGGCCAGCAAAUUCAAGUGUGGGGCCGAGCACCUGCCCUCCCCACUGGCCAGCAAGGCCGAGUUCGCCUUAACAGCGAAUUCCUCAUUGGUCCGUAAGGGUCACAUGACCGCUGUUGCUGUGGCUGUGGAAAUGGGGCACGCUGUGGCAUUCCUGGGCACCGCCACUGGAGAGGUGCUGAAGGUGCAUCUGUCGGCACACCCUGAGGUGUACGGGCGAGCGUCGGGCGAAGUCACGGGGGACAAGGUCAACAAGAACCUGCUGUUCGAUUCCAGCCUCCGACACCUGUACAUCACCACAGAGAAAAAGAUCACCAAGGUUCCAGUCCAGGCCUGCCACCUGAAGACGGACUGCCACUCCUGCGUCUCGAUGAAGGAUCCGUAUUGUGGCUGGUGUGUCCUGGAGGGAAGGUGCACCAGGAAGCAGGAGUGUAGCAGGUCGACGGAACAAAACACCUGGCUGUGGUCCCCCGAUCAGCAGUGUGUUCAGAUCCAGUCCUUCAACCCUCCGAACCUCAGCUGCAAGAAGACGCAGCAGACUAUGUUUCGGUCCCAGUCAAGAUUCUCGUAAACAACAAAAUCGAGGUGACGUCUGGAGAGUAUCGCUUCUACAACUGUGCUGCUACGGUCAGGAAGAACCAAAACACACCGUGUAUAGCGUGUGUGACCAGCGAAUGGGGCUGUCAGUGGAACGCUCGGGAUCACAGCUGCAGCGACAGAGAUGACGGUGUAAGUGGAGAUCACAUCGUUAAACCACAACAGCGUGACAGUUGUCCUCAGUUUGAGUCUCCGGAGCCGCUGUUAAUCCCCGUAGGCUUUGAAAUCCCCAUCAGCUUCCAGGGUAGAAACCUGGACAUCUACACGGGCCGGAGGUUUGCCAUCGGGACGGAGCUGAUGAAGCACACAGACAAGGAGGUCACGCAGGAGCAGGGGUCGAAGUUUAAAUUCACAGGUUAUGAGUUUGCCUAUGACAAGCAGCAGGAGGUGAACGUAUCCUUCCAUAUCAAAGACAGAGACACUGAGAGGAAGAUUGACAGCACCCUGACAGUGGUGCUGUAUAACUGCUCAGUGGGAAGAGAAGACUGCAGUCUGUGUAAACACGCCGACGCCACGUACCAGUGCGUUUGGUGCGCUGCCUCACGCACCUGUGUUUACCGGGAUGUCUGCCCGUCACCGCAGCCGGCACAGUGCCCCGACCCGGAAAUCACAGACAUCAUCCCUCGCUUCGGCCCUCUGAACGGUCGGAUCUCAGUGACCAUCAGAGGCUCCAACAUGGGAAUAAAGAAGGAAGACAUCAAGAAGAUCACAGUGGCUGGAGUGGACUGUGUUCACCAGGCGGACAGAUACUCCGUCUCUACCAGCGUGGUGUGUGAGAUUGGCCCAGCGAAGCGAGUUCCACCAUCUGACCUCCCGUUUGAACCAACCAUGAGUGGACCCGUUCACAUAGAAGUCGAGGGAGGGAGAAAAGGAACAUCUCUGGUCAAUUUCACCUAUCGGCACCGUAGAGCCAGCGAAGGGUCCGGCAGCCGGAGGAACCGUAAUCACCAUCAAGGGAGAAGACCUGGACACCGCAACUAAAGACGACGUCACCGUCACGGUGGGGGGAUUCCCCUGUGAAGUCCUGUCGUUCGGUAAGCAGAUCACCUGCACGACCGGGAAGUAUCGUGGGCAGAAGGUGCCCUCUGAACAGUUAACGGUGACGGUGAAAUAUGGUAUAAACACCACCAAAGACGUCCCAGCAGCAUACCAGUACUCUGAUAACCCCAAGAUCAUAGAUUAUAACCCCAAGGCCAGUUUCCUGUGUUUGUCCAGGAGGCUCUGAGUAAGAACGACACUUUCCUCCAGUUUGAGUCUCCGGCGGUGAAGCCCCCCUACGACAGCCAGUCCCUCAGGACGGUUCUCUACCUGGACAAUGUGAACGAGGAGCUGAAGGGCUUCGACUACCACCCCGACCCCACCUUCAACGAGCUCGCCAAGAACGUCAUCACCGAGACCAGCAUCAUCAUCGUCACAGGUCGAGGUUUCUCCAAGGCGAUGACGGCCAAAGAGGCCCAGGCGUUUGUCGGAGACGCGUCCUGUCACGUUAACAUACUGCAGGAUGAUAAGUUGAUCCUGGAGGCUCCUUCGUCACAGCCCAAAUCCAGGUCCAAACGCCAGCGCAGGGACACAACCAACGACCUGCUGGAGCUUGUGGUAAAGUUUGGUCACGGCGAGUGGAUGGUGGGUUCGGUCUACUACGCCAGAAAAGACGACAUUCCUCUGGCUAUAAUCAUCCCUGCGGUUAUCAUACCGAUGCUGCUCUUCAUCGCCGUGUCCGUCUACUGCUACAGGAGGAAGAGUCAGCAGGCAGAACGAGAGUACGAGAAGGUGAAACACCAGCUGGAGAAUCUGGAGGAAAGUGUACGAGAUCGCUGCAAGAAAGAGUUUACAGAUCUGAUGAUUGAAAUGGAGGACCACACCAGUGACCUGAGCGAGGCCCGAAUCCCCUUCCUGGACUACAAAACCUACACCGACCGAAACUUCUUCCUGCCCUCCAAGGACGGCGCCAAUGACACCAUGAUCACAAGAGAAAUACAAAUCCCAGAAGCCCGCAAGGCGAUCGUGGCUCAGGCACUCAACCAGUUCUCCAACCUGCUGAACAGUAAACCUUUCCUCAUCAAUUUCAUCCGUACGUUGGAAAGCCGUCCUGACUUCAACGCCCGGUCUCGCGGUUAUUUCGCCUCCCUGCUGACAGUGGCGCUGCACGGAAAACUGGAGUACUACACGGACAUCAUGAGGACGCUGCUGCUGGAGCUGAUGGACGAACACGUGCAGAACAAAAACCCCAAACUCAUGCUCAGGAGGUCAGAGACGGUGGUGGAGAGGAUGCUUUGUAAUUGGAUGUCCAUCUGUCUCUAUCAGUUCCUCCGGGACACGGCAGGAGAACCUUUGUACAAACUGUACAAGGCCUUGAAGCACCAGGUUGAGAAGGGACCAGUGGACGCCAAGAUGAAGAAAGCCAAAUACACUCUGAACGACACAGGACUGCUGGGGGACGACGUCGAGUACUCUGUACUGACUCUGCAGGUGCUGGUGCACGGGGAGGGACCAGAUGUGACUCCGGUGAAAGUGUUGAACUGUGACACCAUCUCCCAGGUGAAAGAGAAGAUCAUUGAUCAGGUCUACAGGAACCUGCCGUACUCACAGAGACCAAAGGUGGAGAAUGUUGCACUGGAAUGGCGUCCUGGCUCCACAGGUCAGAUCCUGUCCGACCUCGACCUGACCUCCCAGAAAGAAGGACGCUGGAAGAGACUCAACACUCUGGCUCAUUACAAUGUCCGGGAUAAUGCCACGUUGGUUCUGUCCAGAGUUUUGCACACACAGUCCUUCCACCAGCACCAAGACAGCCACGAAGAGAAAAACUCCCUGCUGGAGGACGACAACACCUUCCACCUGGUGAGGCCGGCAGACGAAAUCGAUGAAGUAAAGUCAAAGAGAGGCAGCAUGAAGGACAAGGCGAUGACCAAAGCCAUCACUGAGAUCUACCUGACCCGGCUGCUGUCUGUCAAGGGCACUUUGCAGCAGUUUGUGGACGAUUUCUUCCGCAGCGUGUUGGGCUCGAGCUCUGUCGUCCCUCCUGCCGUCAAAUACUUCUUCGACUUCUUGGACGAACAGGCGCUGAGACACGACAACGUGGACGAGGAGACCCUGCACAUCUGGAAGACGAACAGCUUGCCUAGUCGGUUCUGGGUGAACAUCCUGAGGAACCCCCACUUCAUGUUCGACGUCCAUGUGACGGAGGUGGUGGACGCGUCGCUACACGUCAUCGCUCAGACCUUCAUGGACGCCUGCACCAAGACGGAGCACAAGCUCAGCAGGGAGUCUCCCAGCAACAAGCUGCUCUAUGCAAAAGAGAUUUCAACGUACAAGAAGAUGGUUGACGAUUACUACAAGGGCAUCAGACAGAUGGUUCCAGUCAGCGACCAGGACAUGAAUACACACCUUGCUGAGGUGUCCCGGCAACACACAGACAAGCUGAACACCCAGGUGGCCUUACAUCAGCUGUACCAGUACGCCAGCAAGUACUAUGAUGUGAUCAUCCAGUCACUUGACGAGGACCCAGCAGCCCAGAAUAAACAGCUCACCCUCCGCCUCCAACAGAUCGCUGCCGCCCUGGAGAACAAAGUCACUGACCUUUGACCUCUGAUAUCACGGAGGGGUCAGUGGGGGGAGCUAACGGCUACUAAAACACAGGAUGUUUUCCAUUUAAAGACUCAAAAGAGGACGAGCUCUUGGACUCUACCGAAUGUUUGACGAUAUAAGGACUGAAGAGAGAGGGGCUAGUGGAGCUACAGGAAGCUGUUGACCACAUAAGGACUGAAGGGGGGAGGAGUUGUGGGACUCCAGGAUGGGUGAGGAAGGGAGAUUUUAGACAAAUUAAGUGUUAAAAUAUGCCCAGAGUGGUGGACACUGAAGCGCUGAUAUCCGCUACACUUGUAUGGCUUACUUCCACUUGGCAUCCCGAAACAAAUACCAAGAAGGUAUUGCAAAAUGGCGACCAUAAUAUGGCUGCAGAUGGGAGCUCUGUGAAAUCAAAGGGUUAUUUUUUUAAUGGUAGCUAGUUCGGUCUGUGUAAUUCUCGGACCUAGCUGUUUCUGUGUUUUGGCUUCUAAAUUUUAAUUUUAUCCAUAUAACAAGUGAUGAAGAACGUGUCACACAAGGAAUGUAGAUUGAAGAUUUUUGGAUAAUUGAAGAAUAUGAUUGAAGUAAUGUGACAUUACCAAAUAUUUUUCUUUUUGCUGCCCUUUUGGAAGUUCGCAUUGGAAGUAUGGCUGCUCCAGGACGCUUUGUGACCUUAUCAUAUUACAGCGAAAGUCUAUGAACUAUGGAUGUAAGGUGAUUUUUGCCUCGUAACUCCUGAUCUGAGGUCAGUUUUUCUGUCUCCAUACUAAAUGGUAGCCAGGAAAUCUGAUCUCUUGUCAGCAACACGGAGCAGUUUGUCAUCCUAUAGCGUGAAAAUGCCCGGAAGAACCUUCAAGCGCACUCAAAUAAAAAUAAUCAACCAAUGAAAACCCACUAUGGUACGCACCACUGGCCAAUUUAGGGUCUUGGUUUGUCUUGAUGGCACAACUGAGGAGAGUGAAUUCAGGGUACGAUGAGUUGAAUUAAGUCCAAAAAUCAAACUUGCAACAUAGACUUUUCUUGUAUCACAGCCAAAUGUUUUUCAUAUCAGAUUAGCUGCAGUAUGUGAUUCUAUGCUGAUGACACUGUGCUGGUGACUCGAAUCAUAGCCGAAUAAUUUCAUUCAGUUAAGUUUGUUUAUUCUUAUUCUUUGUAUGCAGGCUUUAAGCAGAGGCUUUGCAUUUCCAUAUACAACAUGACAUGUAUCUUUUUAAUGUACUGAUACAGUGCCACUUAGUUUUUCUGUAAGGUGUUAAUUAGGGUGGUCCAUACAUAAUGUCAUAUCCUGUGCGUGUGUGUGAGUGUGUUAAUAGUUAUCGACGCCGUUGCCGCUCUGUUGCUGAGGACCAGCUUGUUUUUACUUUCUGUGAAAAAUCAUGACUGCCUAAUCAUGUGCUCUAAACAGCCAAACACUUUUAUUUUUAAGUGUGAUUUGUUUUGUUUUUUUAAAAUGUCUCUUCUUUUGCAAUACUCCCAUCGUAUAUAAUGCUGCAUUUUGUUUCUGUUUAACUGCACACGUAAGAGGAAAUUACUUAAGUGUCUUCUGAAGACAGGGUACCCACAGAUCCUUUAAAAAGGCUUAAAAUUAAUUUUAAAUUAAGGUGUUAUUAAAUCCAGUUAUUAUAAGUCCCAUUUGCAGAUACAUGCAUCCAAUGCAACAACACUUCUACACAGUUUGACUUCUAUUUACUUCAUUUCACCAGGUUAUUGCAGUCAGUAUCAGGGCUGCUAUCCAAGGUGUACAUACAUUUAAAACAUACAGCCAACCACCUUGAUGUCUCCUAACAAUUAACAGUCUUCUUCCUACUAACUAUGGAAGAUUUAUAAAGCAUACAAACAAAGAAAUAAACUACAAUAAACAUUAUAAAUACACAGAAUUCUUUCAUCUCACACAGACACGAUAAGCAAAAAGUCAAAUAUUUUUUCACAUACUAUUUCUUUUUGUAUUUUUGUGCAAAAUAAUUGUGACGCAGCACCUACAGAGACUUGGAUAUGUGCCUCCUAAAAAUUGCCUCCUCCGUAUUCUGCCCAUUAAAUGUUUCGUAAUUUU